AUGGCCAAAAAAACAAAGACGUCCGCCAGUCCUAAAACUCCGUCCAAAGCGAAGAAGUCUACUUCUCAAGGAGACACCCCUGUUGCCUCUCCUGCUUCCAAAAAACUGAAAAAGGCGAAGGCUCCAGCACCCUCUCAAGCGAAGGAAUUUGGAUACGUUUCCAAGAGUCAAGCACAAAAGGCUGUUUCCGAAUUGCAAAAGUAUUUGGCCCGUCAAAAAGAGCAAUCCGAGGAGAAGUCUCAGUUGUUUGAUGACGAGGACGAACCUGAAAGAGACUUAUAUGUUGACGUGCAAACUAAGAAAUACAUUUCGCAAAAGCCAGAGUUCAAACCACGCCUUAUUGAGUUGGCGAAGCCCUACUUGAGAGAGCAGGAAGAAUUGAAGACUUGUUUGUUCCUCAGAGACCACUUUAUUUCUAAUGCCGAGCAAUUGGAGGAAGUGGAGAAUGCUGACAUUCCAACCUUGAAAAAGAUUCUCACCUUGACACAAUUGAAAACAAUCUACCACACAUUCGAAAAGCGUCGUGAGUUGUACAGUGAAUAUGACUUGUUUCUUGUUGAUGAAGCCAUUUUAAGCUCCAUGCCUAACGUUUUGGGUAAGACUUUCUACAUGAAUGAAAAGGCAAAGUUCCCUAUCAACAUCAGAGUAGCGUCUACUAAAAACCAAAACCAAUUGUCGCUUGUCACUCUUAACAACCAACUUAACAAAGUUUUGUCGUCCACCGCAUAUUUACCACCUGUUGGUAACUCUGUGUUGAUUAAGAUUGGUUCUUUCAACAAGCUGUUCUCUGAAACUGACUUGCUUGAGAAUUUGCACAAUGUAUUGAAGACAUUCGAUGAAAGUCUGUUGCUCACCAUUGGAAUCAAGACCACUGAGUCUCCUGUUGUACCUCUUUAUUAUACCGAUAAAAUUUACUCUGACUCUGAUGUCCUUGAGAACGCUCCUGAAGAGGACGGAGAAGAAGAAGAAGAAACAGAAGACUUCUACACCAAAGCAUUGUUGGAGUUGGCGGAUGAAGAAACUGUCAACAAGGCUCUUGGUGCAGAGUUGAGAAAGAAGAAGAAGUCAAAGAAGAUCACGAAAGGAAUCUCCAAGAAAUAG